CUGAACAUUGCUGCAGUAUUUUUUGGUAGUUUCCAGCUCCAGAAAGCUUUGCAGCAGCAGCAGCAGCAGCAGCAGCAGCAUCCCUGUCGUCCCUCUGUGAUUCAUUACAGCCUGUUUUCACUGGGCUCUUUAAGAGGAGAGACUCUCUGCAUCUGCUGAUCUGUGAGCCGGAGCGGUGCCGCCCUCCUGCACGUCCUGCUGCACCUCGGGGACCGACGGACACCCGGGCGGCUCGUCCCGGGACUCACCCAGCGUCCCGGCACCUGGAUCGGUUAUGGAAAAUCGAUGAUCUGACAUGCUCCGGGCCCUGCGUCCUCUGCGUCCGAGCAGGUGUGAAAGGUAACCAGGCUGAGCUGCUGCUGCUGCUGGAAGGACGCGUUUCUUCUUCUUCUUGUUCUUUUUUUUUUUUUUUUUUAUCAGCGGAUCGCAUCAUACAUGCUUGAUGACACAGACGUGACACUUUCUCCUGAUCUGCGAUGGGCAGCUGGUUGUGGCUUCUAACAGCGAGUUUCUGUUGGCGGCUGGUUGGUCCGGUUCGACUGGUUGGGCGUCAAGAGGAAGCAGCAGCAGCAGCAGUUUGAUCAACAGCUCGGCAUGUCCUCGGUGCUGGUGUCCGGGCAGAGUGAGCUGAGCCUGGCUGAGCUGCCCAUGGAGAGCUGGAUGUCUGAGCUGCCCUGCGCUCUGUGGGACACCCCCCUGUACCACCUGGCCAUCCCAGGCAGCCACAAUGCAAUAACCUACUGUCUGGAUAUGAACGACAGAUCCCCUGUUGACCUCAUGCAGCCAGACCUGCUUCAAAAGCUGGACAAAUACAUGAAGCCUCUCAUUCGGCCCUUUGUGUACAAGUGGGCAAUAACACAGGAGUUCACUAUAAAGCAGCAGCUGGACUGUGGGGUCAGAUACUGUGACCUGAGAAUCGCUCACCGGCCCAACGACAGCUCCACCGAUCUGUACUUCUACCACGGUGUUUACACCACGCUCACUGUUCAGACCGUCCUGAUGGAGAUAAGAGAGUGGCUGGACGCUCAUCCCAAAGAGGUGGUCAUCCUCUCCUUCAGCCACUUCCUCGCCCUGAACCAGGAGCUGCACAUGCUGCUGCUCACAACCAUCCGCCACGCAUUCACCUCCAAACUCUGCCCCAAAACGGAACCAUUAACUCUUCGAAACCUGUGGGCUUUAGGCUACCAAGUGAUUGUGUCCUAUGAACACACUAUUUCCAGCUGUCACAGUGAACUGUGGCCACACAUUCCUUACUGGUGGGCCAACAAAUGCAAAGCGGAGGCUCUUAUUGAAGAGUUCGAACACAGGAAACAACACGGCAGACCAGGAGGUUUCUUUGUCACAGGAAUCAAUCUGACAGAAGAUCUGAAGUACAUCUGCACACAUCCGACAGAGUCCCUGAAGGACUUAGUGAUGUCCACGUAUCCUACGCUGCUCGGCUGGGUUAAAGAACAAACUCCCGGCUCCAGAGUCGGCUCUCUGAACAUCAUCGCUGGAGACUUCAUCACAGAGAGCCACUUUGUACCGACUGUCGUUAAACUGAACGAGAAACUACUGAAAUGGUCCUCAUGACUUUCCACCAGUAAGCAUGGUUGUCCAACAAUGAAAAAAUGUGAAUCACAGCAUGAAAUACACUCGAGCUUGUUUUGUUAAGAGUGGCAGAAAAAUACUUGAAUUAUUCAUUUAAACAUUAAUGCACUUGCUGGACGCAGUGACAUGUACAUUUCAGUCUGAAAGCUGCUUUUUUGAUAUUUUGACCUGCACUUGUUUGUUUACAUUCAGUUCAAUAUUUAUGCAAUGUACUGUAUCAGUUUUUACAAGUCAGCGAGGCGGCCAGGUUUACGUUACGCUGACCAAAGCAAUAACGAUUCAACUAAUUUCACCUUAAUGUAGGCAUUUUAGACGAGUAAGCACAAUGUAUUCAAUGAGCACAUAUGACUGUAAUGUAGAACACAAACUUUUAUAAUUAUAACAUGAGCAUUAAACUGUAUCAGCUACAAUACGCUUAUUUACCCAUAGAGAAUGUAGAGAAGACAUGAAACUUAUGCAAAAUGCAUGGAAAACCUACUUGCAUGAUACCAACGUUGGCUGUUUUGCUACUUUAGCCAAUAGGUUCAGCCUUGAUUUAACAUGACGCUGCACCGCUGUGCCUGUGGAGAUAAGCUUUUCCAAUAAACAUCAGCAUUUUUAUGCAAAACAUCUCAUUUUAUUCAGAUUAAUAUAUUUUCACUUCAUUUUGGAAGUGUAGCUCAUGAGGUUUUCCUCUUUAUACACUUGUGCUGGAGUCUCAGUCUAAACUGACCAUUUGUUUCAGUCUCACAAAUAAGGCCACCAUGUGUUUUUGGCCACAGGGAAUGUCAAACCAUGGGGUCCCUAAAGGGCCACAGAGGGGGAAAAAGCUUUUGUUUUCUCCUGCAGUAUGUGUUUCUAUAGAAUUGCUUGUAUUACAUCACCUGUGUGAAAUGCUGCUGCGACUCUGGGGUCAGUUCAGUUCCAUAAUAAUGGCCAACAAGAGGAAAAACAGGUGUAGAAUUCACAAAAAAAACUUUUGAACUUGGAUGAGUUUGUUGGAAUUUGUCAUUUUUAUAAAAUUAAGAAUAUAAUUUUUAUAUCGCCUGACUGUGUGCCUGACGUUUAAAGCUAUUUACAACAAAAGGAAAAUUCCCACUAAUGGUAGCGAGUGGUCAUUAAAUAAUGUAUUUAGCCUUAAUAGACUGUAUAAUGUUCAAUGAAUGAAUAAUAAUUAUUGCUUUUUUCCAUACAGCACUUUUCUGAAACAGAGUUACAUGAUGCUCCACAAUACAGACAUUGAAAUACAGAGAAGAUACAGACAAUUUAUAAAAUAAUCACAGUAAAAUGGCACACUAGUUAAAAAAAGAAGGUAGUUUAGGAGCAUAAACUGUAAAGUCCAGCAAUCUGUAGUCUCAAGGUGAGAUUCAGGAACAGUCAAACUGUUUCUCUCAACAACCAGGCUUUUAUAGUGUAAUAUAACCUGUCAGGUGCCCACAUAAGGCUCUAAAAACAACCAACAAAAUCUUAAAAUCAGUUCUAAGAUUUACUGGUAACCAGUGAAAGCCAGAAAGCACUAGAGCGAAGUGGCCACUUUUACUAGAAGGAAUAUAAGUAAAUAUAGUACAUUUGAAUAUGCAGGAGGUUAAAAUUUGCCAAUUCUGCUUCAUUAUUGUGUGUAAAAAUUGAAUAAUAGUUGGGUUUUAAAACUGAAGUCCUAAAUUAAUCCUAAUUAGGCAUCUUCUUCUGUUUAGAGUUUAUACUGUUUCUCUUUUGUGAUCACUUUUAUUUAAAGAAAUGAAGUCCAAUCAGAUAGUGCAGCAACAUGAUUGACCAGCAAGUCUCCACGAGUGGUAGUAUAAUACACAUAUAUAUGCAAUUAGAUCAUUUUAGUUCCUUAUGCUGAUAAUAAACAUGCAUGUGACUUUUUUGAAAGAUUCAUUUCAGUCUUGUUUACUCUCAUUUUCUGUCACAUCAGUUUGUCUCAUCCUUUAAACUGCGCAGUUUCUGAUUUGUCCUCUGAUCAAUGUAAGCUUCUCUCCAUAAUUUAAAGCCAGUGUGCUGCACUAAAAAUUAAACAAGGUCUGACCCACAGAGUAACAGGAGCUGCUCCUCCUGGCCGGCAUUUGUUUCCACCGUUGUAACCGAAGGUGAAAGUACUUUUCUCAUCAGGUAGCCAUUAGCAAGAGAGUGAAAUGUGAUGUUUUAGCUCCUUUAAGUGACUGAAUUUGAGAUAAAAAAAAACAAAAACAUGCAAAUGGUACAAAAGCAAGGAUUUACUUUCAGCAUUUAUCACUGUCGUUCAUGCAAAGAGGCAUCCUAAUCUUGAGUCACCUUUUUAAUAUGUGUAACAGUAAAUUAAAUGAUAAAUGUCAAAGGAUAUUUGGGUGUAAAGGCGGCAUCAUAUCUGGGAUGCAGUGAUAUAAGUGAACUUCUAUUGUCUUCUUUGGAAAUGAUUUUUAAGGUUUUGAAAGUAGCUGUCUUCAGUAAAUGUUUGUUUUCAGCUGGUAAAAUGCUCAGUAGUGUGACUGACUUGGCUGAUCUGAGAUCUGUCAGGUUUUGUCGCUGAUAAAAGCUUUGAUUGCACAAGCAGUGAGUUUUAGGCCAUUGUGUUGUUGCAGGAUGAAGGUCUGACCAAUUAGAUUGGAGGAACUGAUUUACACAAAGGCAGAAUUUGUCUGCACACUUUUGAAUGCAUCCUGCAAUGAGCCAGUUGGUUCCAGAAGCAGCGAUUCAGGCCCAGACCAGGAUCUGACUUCCUCCAUGUUUCAUGGUGGAAGGAGUUGGAUCACAGGCACUUGCUGUCUUUCUCCACACUUUGAGACUCAUUUUGGUCUCUUCUUUUCAUAGACGUUUAAGGGAACUUUGGGGUUCUUCUACAGUCUAAUGAUUUGCUUGUCACCAGCUUCAGUUAUUUUCCUUUUAGGUUUGCUGGUGAUUAUUCCUCCCCCACAAACUGCUGUACUUGGUUUAUCCAUUUUGCUCUGCUUUUUUUCACAGAUUUUAUUUUUCGUUCAUGGUCAGUUUUGUGAUCUUAAUGUUUUGCCUUCUGGCUUCAAAUGCAAUCUCAACAGGUGAAGUGACAGAUUGAGAUGAAGGCUUGACAAUAGACACGUGUACGUGUGGAAAAUCCAUGCAAAAGGAAACACCUGUGCAAAGACCUGUACCUGUCUGUCAGGUAUUCCCAUGAGAAAAUGUAGGCUAUGUGCAAAUAAAGAGUGAAAUAAAAACUAAAA